AUGGCUGUGCUUGCGGUUUUCAUAUUGAUUCUCUGCGUGUUCGGCGGCAUCCUGUGGAACUACACGCGGCUAAACUCAAUUCCCGGCCCAUUGCUUGCGGGCCUGUCUGAUAUUUGGUGGGAGUGUCUCAAAUCAUCACCACGAUAUGCUUAUCGUUUGGAGCGUCUUCAUCGCAGAUAUGGUGAGGUAGUUCGCGUAGGGCCGAAGACGGUCAGCGUCUCUGACCCCUCCGCCGUUUUCCGGUCGGAUGCCGCUUGUUCACGAAGGUCGCAGGUAUUUAUCACUCUCUCCAAGAAGAUGGACUACAUGCUGAGAUUUACCGAGUCGUUCCUUGAUAGUUAUGUGGAGGAACCAGAAGGAGUGAUUGUGAAUGCUCGACUCAAAAGCAGUGGACAUGUUUACCCAGACAAGCAGAGAGACCACGCAUUUAAACAUCAUGAUAAAAUCAAGGACCUUGUUCUCGACUUCCUCAGAGCGAUUCGAAAACAACGUACCUUGAAACUGGCUGUGUUCCGAAGCUUCGCGACAGACAUUGUUGGACGCAUGUUUGUGGACGACCUUGACAAUGACCGAGCAGCACCCACGGGUACCGGGCCAAACCACACGGAUCCAUGCCGAUUUACAACAUCUCUGGACCAUAUUAUGUUCAAGAGCCCAGUUGCCAAACUAAAGCGCAAACGAAACAAGAGCCUAAGAUGGGUUGCUUGCGCAGGGACCUAUUCCGGGUGGAACGAUGUGUCUACCUUUGACGUUUUGCCGGAGACAGGCAGAGGAAUAUUCCCGUGGGCAGAAAUCCGUGAAUACGGCGAUCGGCACGCCUCUCUGAGUAUAAAGCAAGCGGACUGCAUGAUCGAUGCCUUUGUUUCAGUGUUUCUCCAUUUGAUCAAGUGCCCCACGGCUAUGUCUCAGCUCCAGCACGAGCUAGACAGCGCAUUUCGCAAGGUGGCCUUAUCCGAUAUUCUUCAGCAAGAAAUGGAGUCACACGCCCUACCAAUCCUGGAUGCUGUCAUGAAAGAAUCGAUGCGACUUGCCAUGGGAUUUGAUUAUCGAAGAGAUGUUCCUGCGGGGGGUGUAGUAGCCUUGGGACAUGACCUUCCCGAAGGAACGGUCGUUCGAUUUCAUUCAGAGUCUAUAAGAAACAAUCAUGCCAUCUAUGGAGAAGACGUCAGCUCUUUUCGGCCACACAGAUGGCUACAGGCAGACUUGGAUCAACGGCAACGGAAACGGAUGGAGGAAGGAUUGUUGGUUCUUCGACCAAAUUUGCCAAAUGCCACGAAAGCUCGAGCUGCCUGGCUGGAAUUGAAGCGAGCUGUUGCUCUGGUCAUCUGGAAGUUUGAUCUGCAUCGUAUCAAUAAUGACGAGGUGUCCAUCCAAGAUGCCGCUUCUCCGGAGCAUGAAUACAAUAUCUUGUUGAACUUUACUCCUAGAAUGCAUUAA